UAAUAGAUUGCAAUAAGGUUGAAAACAAUUUUAUAACCUCAAAACUGAAAAAUGCGCUCCUUAUAAUAAUUUUAAGUAAAUAAAUAAUAAGUUUAUUAUUUAAAAUGAGGGAAGUAUUUCUGUCGAAUUGCGAAAAAUCUUUUGUGCAAAAAAUAAUUUCGGAAGGCCAUCGAUUAGAUGGCAGAAGUUACAAUGAAAGUCGAAAGCUAUAUAUUAAAUUUGGUUCCGAAUACGGUAGCUGUAUUGUUUCUAUAGGGGAAACAAAAGUAUUAGCACAAGUAUCAUGUGAGGUUGUCCAACCAAAACAAAUAAGGCCAAAUGAGGGUAUUCUCUACAUCAAUGUGGAAAUAAGUCCCAUGGCUGCACCACAGUUUGAGGCCAACCGCCAAACUGAUCUCACUGUCUACUUAAAUAGACUGCUUGAGAAAUGCUAUAAGGAUUCAAAGUGUAUUGAUCUUGAAUCCUUGUGUAUUGUAGUGGAAGAAAAGGUGUGGUCAUUAAGAGUUGACGUAAAGAUUUUGAAUCACGAUGGCAACUUAAUAGAAUGCUCCAGCAUUGCCACGUUGGCGUCCUUAGCACAUUUCAAGCGACCAGAUGUGACUAGAAGUGGCGAAAAUAUCAUCAUACACACAUUGGCUGAGAAGGAUCCUAUACCAACAGUUUUAUAUCACUAUCCAGUGUGUUUGACAUUUGCUAUAUUUAAAAAUAAUAUACUAGUAUCAGAUCCAAGUCAUAUAGAGGAAGGAGUAUGUACAAGUGCCACAGAAGAUGGCGACACCGGUGGUGGUCUUUUAGUGGUUGGCAUGAACCAGUACAAGGAGUUAUGUUUACUAAAUCUCACUGGAGCUGCUAUUUACAAUACUAAUAUUGUCCAUAGAGCCAUACAAAGUGCGGCAGAGAGGUGCAAAAAUUUGGUUGAUCUGGUUAAGAAGGGAAUUAUAAGCGACGACAAUUUGAGACAAAAAAGGACCAAAAUAAACUUUGCCGACAUGAUAACGACCGACCAUGCACAAUCGCUGACCAUGAGAGACCUUAGCAUCCGACUCAAGAACCAUAUCAUUAGUGCGAAGAUGGAGCCAGAUUCAGAUUUAUCAGAGAUUUCAGAUGACGGACAAGAUACUAAGCCCGAGCCCAGCAAAUAUGAUGUUACACCAUCCCUUCCUCAAACGGCCGAAAUAAAAGCAAAGCAAGGCGCCUCAACAUGGAUAGAUAUAUCAUCAGACUCUGACGAGAACUCAAAUUAAUUGAAAGCAACCAUCAUCGGGGAAGAUCCUAUAUCCUACAUUCUCUUCUGCCAACAUAUUAGACCAUUGGUCUGAAAAAUACAUGAAGGUGUUAAAUGUGUGCAGGAAUAUUUUGUCUUCGCCUUGUAGUGAUGGAUUAAAGUGAAUACAAAAUAAAUAAAUAAUUGUAAUGACUCAUUCCGACUUGACCAUGACUUGUGUUGAGUGUUAUUUUAAGAAUGAAAGUGUGCGGUAAAUACUAAGAUUUAAUUAGAAGAUGGGUUGAAUAGCGUGAAGUGUGUCUGGCGCAUUAACUUUGUCAGUACAUGUUUGGUCAUAUGAAAUGCCAAAAUUUUGACCAAGAGAGCAAUGUCCUCUCUGAUGAUUCACUUACUCAGUGUCUAUUACUGAAUGAUAGCAGCAUAGCACAUUAAAAUAAUUGUUCGUAGAAAACCUUCAAUGGAUUAAAAAUAAAUGUCAAAUGAGUUCAGUGGCUAACGUCGAGUGUUAGACACUGAGUCAGCAAAUAACCCCGCUGGGCGUGUUGCUCAAAAUUAUACACAAGUUUGUUAAAUAAAAUGUAAUAAAAGUUACAUUUUAUACUUUAAUGCUAUUAAAUCUCUCUUAAAUAUUAAUUAGCAUUGCAUUUCCCUUGUCAAUAAACAAUCAUAACAUCUGAUGCUGAAAAUGUAUAUUAUGUACAUAGAGCAUUGUCUAACUACAAAAUGAGAAAUAAAUAGUGGAUACUUCA